AUGGAUUAUCUUGACAUUGACGUACAAAAGAAGGCGAAGGGCAACUGGGCAACAAAAGUCCAAGGCGUGAAGGAAGUCGAUAUCUCCAUCUCCGGGACCGACGGCCACAAGAUCCCAAUCCGUCUUCACAGUCCAGCAACACCUCCAGCUGAUGGGAGUCCGCUGGUCAUGAUAUUCCACGGAGGUGGCUUCGUUGCAGGAGGCUUGCAUAACGAGACCGAAUCUUCCCGGCUCUUCGUUCAGAACCUUGGAUGCGUGGUGGUCAAUGUGGAUUACCGGCUCGCACCCAAACAUCCAUUUCCUGCAGCACCAAAUGAUUGCUGGGACGCCACCAAAUGGGUGGCGGCAAACGCUGCUGAACUGAAGGCAGACCCGUCAAAAGGUUUUAUUAUCGCUGGUACCUCCUCGGGAGGGAACCUUGCAGCAGUGUGUGGAGUCCUCGCACGCGACCACCAGCUCUCUCCCCCAGUAACAGGACUUCUGCUGAUGGUUCCGUGUUUCUUCGAUUCCCAUGAUAUCCCUGAGAAGUAUAAGGGCGACCUCAAGAGCUACGAGGAACAGAAAAACGCUGCAACGCUCAACCAGUCGCUGAUUGAUACGUUCGAGGCUGCCUACAAGCCGGAUGGCAACUCCACCCUGUAUAACUUGUAUACACCCAACGCAACUCGUGCCGGUCUCCCGCCCACCUUCUUGCAAGUCUGCGAGUUAGAUCCGCUGCGCGACGAUGCAAUCGUGUUCGAGCGAGAGCUCAGAGAAGAUUUAGGGAUUCCUACCAAGUUACUGAAGUAUGACAAUGUCCCGCACGGGUUCUGGGCAUUCUGGCCACAUAAGGAGGAGUCAAAGCGGUUUAUGAUGGACACGGUAGACGGGUUGAGGUGGUUGCUCAGUCAUCCGAGCAAGUAG